UUCACAUUUACUAAAAACACAAUGUUCUCUCUGAGCUCACAAAGACACUCAUUUCUCUCUCUCUCUCUCUUCGAUUCAAACACUAACGCUUUGCAAUGACACACUCUCGAAGUAUCGGUUCAGAGCUUCAAUAGAGUCCGCUUAACGUCACUGAGAAACUCUUAUCCAAGCAAGAUAGGCAUCUAGAAGAUCUCAAAACCUGUAUGAAGGAAGAUGUUAACUACAGAGUCUGUGCAAAAAUUAUGGAAUAAUUGGGAGAUACGAGUUCUGGUCCUUAUUAGUCUCACCUUGCAACUCUCUCUUUUUCACUUUGGUAGACAAAGAAGAUAUAAUGUUAAAACGUGGAUCCAUAUCUUCCUCUGGCUUUGCUACCUUGUGGCUGAUUCAGUGGCAACUGUUGCGCUGGGUGUCAUCUCCAGUAAACAAAGAAACUCUGGCAAUGAUUCUAAAGACCAUAAUGAGCUCAUGACAUUCUGGGCACCGUUUAUGUUGUUGCACCUUGGUGGCCAGGACACAAUCACAGCUUAUGCAAUACAAGACAACGAAUUGUGGUUAAGGCAUUUGCUUGGACUAAUUGUUCAAUCUAGUGCGGCAUUUUACAUCUUUAUCACGUCUUUGAAGGUGUCUUUGAAGGACCAUUGGCUUUCGCUUCUUACUAUUCCCAUGCUUGUUGCUGGGUUCAUUAAGUAUGCAGAAAGGAUAUUUGUCAUGCGAUUGGCAAAUGACACUACAGAAGGUACGACAUUUAUUUCAACCAAAAAGUAUGCAAAUGCGACAUUUGAUGGAUUUGAUGUAUAUGAUAACUUUGUAAUAAAUUUUCCAAAAUUCAGACCUCUCUUUCAAAAUCAGAAGAUGACGCAUUACACAAGCGAACUUAAAACUAUAAAAAAUCUUGAUUUUCGAAAGGUAUUCAAAAUGAUUGAGAUUUAUCUUGGACUUGCAUAUGAUGAUUUCUACACAAAGGCACCUUUGUUUUCUAAGGCUUGGGUUUGCAUCUUCCGCGGCAUCACUUUUUCUUCCACUGUUUUAGUGUUUGUAUUCUUCGUCAUAAAUGAGAGGCACAAACACCUGCAAACAGAUUUGAUUAUUACUUACAUUCUACUGGGCGGAGCUCUAGUUAUAGAGAUAUAUGCUGUGAUUUUACUGAUUGCCUCUGAUAUGGCACAUCGAUGGUUAUAUAGGAAUGUAAAGUUUUUGAGACCAAAAAUGAGCAGUGAUCAAUUUUUUGCACAGAAGUGGUCAAACACAAUGGGUCAAUUCAAUAUGCUUAGCUUUGGCUCGAAAAAUCCUGGAAUAGUUCUGCAGGGAACCCCAAAAAUCUUUGCCGACUUAAGAGUGUGGUUCUUCAUUCACAUAUUGCCAAAACUAAAAACAGAGCUAGAGAUGCUUUUCUAUAAGACCAACAAGCAGAUUUCUGAUGAACUGAAAAGCUUGGUUUGGGACACAAUUCUAGAAAAAGCAGAAUUGGGUGGACCAGGGUUUUCUGAAGACUAUAACCAGUACUUAACUUUGGAUAAAAGCGUAAACGUGGAUAUUGAUGAAAGCAUAAUCAUCUGGCACCUUGCAACGGAAAUUUGCUUUUACACUGAUAAUGAUAUCAAUACAGGAUUGGAUCAUAAACGACAUGUGAUUAAGGAGAUAUCACAUUAUAUGAUGUACAUACUUGCUUUGUGUCCUUUCAUGUUUUCAGUGGGAAGUGCAAAGGUCACCUUUCAGAAAUCAUGUAGCUACAUUCAGGAUGAUCUCCUAAGUUGGGUUGUUCUCGGAUCACCAAUGCCCAAUGUUAUUGAAAGAUUAAAGAUACGCCUAUCUGACAGGACGACUUACCCCGAAAUAGAACCAGACAAUGGUGAACUUGUCAAGGAGCAUUUAUGGGGUUUCAAUUUCCUACCAUGUGCAUAUGCAGUUGCACAAAAGUUGGGAGAAAAGGAAGAGCAAAAGUGGGAAAUCUUGAUUAAGUUUUGGGUUGAGAACCUAGCUCAUGUGGCAACACUUUGUCAAGGAAAUAACCACGCUCAACAGCUCCGAAACGGUGGGGAGUUUCUUUCGCACGUUUGGCUUUUGAUAGAGCAUAUGGACCUCAAAGAAAAAUUUCGAGUGCCACUACCAGUUCCACAACAGGGAGAACAGACUCUACCAUAGAGGACUCGGGAUCUAUAUAUUUUUGCAUUGUAAGUUAUUGUCUGAUGUAGGGACAUCUAACAAGGACGAUGCAUUCUGCGGUAGCAACCUUGGAGAUUUGGCACUUAACGAGAACUAAGGGAUUGAUGGCAUUCUACGGCAGGAAUUGGGGAGAAAUAAUAGGAGGUCAACAUAUCCAGAAGAUUACCUUCCUUAUUUAAGGUUAAUAUGCCAGUCAUGCACAAGGAUGAUGUCUAUCUUCAAAAAGUUCAAACAUAGAAGUUGGAAAGCAGGAAAUUUCCAAUUUAGUUAUUUCCCUUAUUAGUCUUUCAGUUGACAUGGGAGUCUUAUUUGUAUUUGAAUUUGAAUUAGGAUUUAGAUUUAUUUGCUUUCCUAGCUAGUUUAUCUUUAUCUUUAUUAUGUUUCCUAGUUUGAUUAGGAAUCCUAAUCGUGAGGUAAGUGAAAUUCUAUUAUAAAAGGGUGUAAGAGGACCUUGGGAAAAGGCAGCUUGUGUUUUUUUCAAAUUGAUUAUUAUAAUGAAACCUGUAAG